UCUGCUGUUAGUAACUAACACACACUCACUCACACCGAGACUCAAUUACUGCCCAAUUCCCUUCUUUAUCAUCUCCUGCUACCGGCCUCCCACAACAACGCGAAAUCGAGAAGGAAAAGAAACAUAACUUGAAAUAAUACUUGAAACUAAGUCGAAAAGGGAAAUACAUAGCAUAGAAGUAUCUAAACUGGGUUUGCAGAGCCGUGAUGUCACAGAUCUGAAUACACUCUUGAACGAUAUGGAGUCUGGUGAGCGGCUGGUCUCCCCAUCGUCUGCCUCCUCCUCCUCCUCCCCCGCCCCCGCCCCGUCCACCAAGAGCAGCCUCGCACCGGGCCCCGCCUCGCUGGGACCCGCUCUGACCACCUGUGGACACUUGUUCCGGGCGGGCAGCGAUCAGACCUUCAGCCUGUCCACGGUCUCAAGUGCCUUCCCCAUGGUCAACCACCCGGCCUUCGGCCUGUACACGUCCAGCUCCGGCCGGUCCGAGUUCGGGGGCCUGGGGACCCUCGGUGUGAGUGCAGCCCUGGCAGCCCACCCCCAGCUGAGCGUCUUUCCAGAGUGGUGGCGGAGCUCUGAGGCCCAUGGACACGGCUCCACCCCCUUCUUCCCCCCGCUCCUGGGCCUGCCCCCCAUGUUUGCCCCCCAGGUGCAGAACCACGAGUCCGGCCCCUUCCAUUCCCGAACCCCCAGCACCAACGGCCGAAGCAGCAGCAAGGGGGUGAAUGGUGCAGUGAACGGGAGCGGUACCUCUGCUUCCUCAAGGGGGAGCUCUACCCCCGCCACCCCCCCGGCUCCAGCGCUCUCUGAGCGGAUGAAGAAGACCGCCACCUCCGCCAGCAGGAUCCAGAAGAGCAGCCUGGACAGCGGUCAGACGGUGGAAAAACACGGCCGCAAAACAAAAGACAAGAAGCUCGGCAAGGCGGCGGUGGAGAGCUCCAGCAACAGCGACAGCGAAUCGGCUUCCUCCUCGGGCACGUCAAGCGAAGGCGUGAGCAGCAGCGACUCCGAGGACCUGGGCGACGAUGAUGAGGACGAUGAUGAAGAGGAUGAGGAUCAGACCAACGACAGCGAGGACUCAGAUUCUGAAAAGGAAGCGGGAGAGAAGAGGAAGGGAAAGGUUCUAAGGCGGAGCCCCAGUGAGGCUAAGAAGGGCGGAGCCAGGGCUGUGGAGGAGGAGCCACAGGACAGGAAGAGCUUCCCCACUGAAGCGCCUCCCCCGGCCCACCUCCCUCCCCAGCCCGCCCCGCUGGUCUUCCCCAGCUCCAAGGCCACGGAGGAGAGCCUGCGGCAGCACCAGAGCGUCAUCCACGCCAUCGGCCUGGCCGCCUGCCCCAAGCCCCUGGCCCUGGUCACCCAGCCCCGGAGAGAGGCCUCGCCCAACUCCCUCUCCCCCAUGCCCAAGCCCCUGUCCCUCGCCCUGUCCCCCUCCCCCACGCACGCCGCCCCCUCCCCGGAGAGCGUGAGGAGCUCCAGCCGCAGCCUGCUCCAGGACCCCCUCGCGCAGAUCGCCGAUUUCAGACUGAAGCCGCCCUUUCUCUCCCCGGAGCUGAAGAAACAGCAGGACCUCUUCAAGGCCCAGAAAGCGCUGAUGACAUCAUCCCUCUCCGCUCCCAAAGUGUCGCUCGGCGGUCACAAGCUGAGCUUCCUGCCGGACAAGCACUCCAACCUCUUCCUGUCCAACACGCUCCUGGGGCAGCACCGUAACGGGGUGAUCCAGACCGCCGUCCAGGACGCCCCCCUGGCCCUCAUCACCAAGCCCCGGGGCCUGGCCCCCAGGGGCCCCGACAAACCCCUCCUCCCGCCGGCCCCCAGCGCUUCCUGCCCCUCGCCCGUCAACCUGAGCACGGGGGCCAAGGCCCCGCCCCCCCCGGCCGCCGGCGUCUCAGUGGUGCGUUCGCGGCUCUCCGCCUCGCCCGCCGCCCCCCCUCUCGCCCCUCUCACCGGGAGGACCCUAUCCCAGAGCCACCUGGCGCAGUCCCUGGUGGAGAUGUUCCGCGCGGCGGAGUCGGACAUCACCAGCAGCAGAGACUCGGACGACUCGGCCGAAGAUGAGCUGGAGGAGGAGGAGGACGAGGAGGAAGACUCUGACGAAGACUCGGACGACAGCCCAUCAGAAUCGGAGAGCAACCUGGAGAGCAACUCUGAAGGCUCUGAGGGCGAUGGGAAGGACUGCAGCGUGAUGGAGGUGGACCCCCCGGGGGAAAACAUGCCCCUGAAGCUGGUCAAGACCCCCUCCUCCAACCACUCCUCCGACUGCUCCCCGCUCAACCUCAUCAAGACCCCCAGCUCCACCGCUCCCCCCACAGCGACGGGCGCCGGCGCCUCGGCCUAUCACAGCGCCCCCUCGUCCUCCUACUCUCUGAGCAUGCCCGCAGGGUCCAGGAAGCGACGGAGAGUGACGGAUGAGCGGCAGCUGAGGAUUCCGCUGGAAUUGGGGUGGCAGAGAGAGACACGUGUGCGGACCCUAAACGGGCGCGUGCAGGGCGACGUGUCCUACUACACCCCCUGUGGGAAGAAGUUACGGCAGUACCCCGACGUCGUCAAGUAUCUAUCCAGAAAUGGAAUAAGUGACAUCACACGCGAUAAUUUUAGCUUCAGUGCAAAAUUCAGGGUUGGUGACUUCUAUGAAGCCAGAGAUGGACUGCAGGGGCUGCAGUGGAGCCUGCUGAAAGAGGACGAGGUCAUCCCUCACCUCCUGGCCCUGGACGGCCGCAGGGGCCGGCUGCCCGGCUCCGAGCGGCAGGGAGAGGGGUCCCGCAGACGCAGGAAGGGCCGCCCCCCGAACGUGGGCGAGGCCGAGACCCCCGGCCCCCCCAGCGCCAAGCUCCUCCGCAAGCUGGAGGCCCAAGAAAUCGCCCGGCAGGCUGCUCAGAUCAAGCUGAUGCGGAAGCUGGAGAAGCAGGCUCUGGCACGAGCCGCCAAAGAGGCCCGAAAACAGCAAGCAAUCAUGGCUGCUGAGGAGAAGAGGAAGCAGAAGGAACAAAUCAAGAUUUUGAAACAACAGGAAAAGAUCAAACGAAUUCAGCAAAUCCGAAUGGAGAAGGAACUUAGGGCUCAGCAGAUUCUGGAGGCCAAAAGGAAGAAGAAAGAAGAAGCAGCAACUGCCAAAAUUUUGGAGGCGGAGAAGCGAGUAAAGGAGAAGGAGUUGCGGAGGCAGCAGGCUGUCAUGUUGAAACAUCAGGAGUUGGAGAGGCAUAGACUAGAUAUGGUAUGGGAGCGCGAGAGGCGGAGGCAGCACAUGAUGUUGAUGAAGGCGGUGGACGCACGGAAGAAGGCCGAGGAGAAGGAGCGUUUAAAGCAGGAAAAGAGGGAUGAAAAACGACUAAACAAGGAGAGGAAACUGGAGCUCAGAAGGCUGGAACUGGAGAUUGCCAGGGAACUGAAGAAGCCCAAUGAAGACAUGUGCUUGGAGGACCAUCAGCCUCUCCCGGAGUUGUCGCGGAUCCCGGGCCUGGUCCUGCCCGGCAGCUCGUUCUCGGACUGCCUGAUGGUGAUGCAGUUCCUGCGCAGCUUCGGGAAGGUGCUGGGCCUGGAAGUGAGCGCAGACGUGCCCCCGCUCAGCGUGCUGCAGGAGGGCCUGCUGAACGUGGGCGAGUGCAUGGGCGAGGUGCAGGACCUGCUGGUGCGCAUGCUGUCUGCGGCCGUGUGCGACCCGGGCCUGCCCCCCGGACACAGGACCAAAACAGCCCUGGGGGACCACUUGACCAACGUGGGGAUAAACCGGGACAACGUGUCUGAGAUCCUGCAGAUCUACAUGGAGGCCCACUGCGGGCAAACAGACCUGGCCGAGGUGACGGACAGCCUGCGGACCAAGGCCUUCCAGGCCCACUCGCCCAUGCAGAAGGCCUCUGUGCUGGCCUUCCUGGUCAACGAGCUGGCCUGCAGCAAGAGCGUGGUCAGCGAGAUCGACAAAAACAUCGACCACAUGACCAACCUCAGGAGGGACAAGUGGGUUAUCGAAGGCAAGCUUCGCAAGCUGAGGAGCAUCCACGCCAAGAAGACGGGGAAGAGGGAGUCGGGCGUGGGCGGUGAGGAGACCCAGCCGCUCGGAACGCCCGCCGCCGGACGCAAGCGCAAGCGGAAAGGCGGGGACAGCGACGAAGACGAGGACGAAGACGAGGACAGCGACGAGCAGGGCGAGGAGGACGACGACGACGAAGAGGACGGAAAGAAAGGGAAGAAAGUGGAAACCUGCGAGGACGAGGAUGACGGGGACCAGACAGCCAGCGUGGAGGAGUUGGAGAAGCAGAUAGAUAAAUUAACGAAGCAACAGAACCAGAUCCGGCGGAAGCUGUUCGAGGCGUCCCAUUCGCUGCGCUCCAUGAUGUUCGGCCAGGACCGCUACAAACGCCGCUACUGGGUGCUGCCGCAGUGCGGUGGGAUCUUCGUAGAGGGCAUGGAGAGUGGAGACGGUCCAGAGGAGGUGGAAAAAGAGAGGGAGAGGCUGAGGAGGGCAGAGACGCUCCAAAUCAAAGAGGAGCCUCCGGAGGUGGUGGAGGAGAAGUCACUGGAGGCGGGUCUGGAGCUGAACUUUGAGCGAAUCGCAGAGACCCCGGAAGGCCCAAAGGAGAAGUCCUCCCCAAACCUCUUUCUCCAGAAGCCCGACUCCUUCUCCAAACUGAGCAAGCUCCUGGAGGUGGCCAAGAUGUCCCCCGAGUCAGAGGAGCUCCGGCAGGGGGAGAACCCCAGCCCCCAGGCCUUCGCCCCCCCCGCGGCCUCCUCCCCGCCCAGCGCCGCCUUCCAGCCGUUACCCAGCAGCCCCCCGCCGGGCCCCGCCCAGCCCUGCGCCGAGGCCAAGCCCGACCCCCUGCCCAGCCCCAAACGCAGCAGCCCCCACCAGCUCCUCCCGAACGACCAGCUGUUCCGCGUGCUGACGGAGCGCAGCGGCCAGUGGUUCAGCCUGCUCCCCCGCUCGCCCUGCGACGAGUCCUCCCUCACCAGCCCCGCCCCGCGCCCCGCGCCCUCGUCCCCCCCCACCCCCCCUGCCUCCGCCGCCAGCCCCCAUCAUGCCGCGGGGCUCAAUAACUUCGCCUUCUCCGCCGUGCAGGUGAAGGCCGGUAUGCACCUGAUGGGCGUCCCGUUCUGCGGAUGGCCCAGUGGAAUGGUGAGCCCAAACAUGGCCUUCUCCAGCACCCCCCUGCCCUCCAUGCUGGGGCAGUCCUUCCCCCUGCCAGAGGGCAGCGCCAGCCCCUUCCUGGCCCCCAGUACCGCCACCAGCAAGAGCGACUCUCCAGCGCCCUCCAGCGAGAAGCCCCCCUCCGCACCCUCCCCGGUCCUGGAGGUGGCCAAGCCACAGGACUACCCCGACCCCCAGCCCAUACCUGAAGAGAUGCUGACGGGCUGGUGGAAGGUGUCUGACAUGGAGGAGCUGCGGUCUCUGGUGAAGGCGCUGCACUGCAGAGGGGUGCGUGAGAAAGCCCUGCAGAAACAGAUCCAGAAGUACAUGGAGUACAUCGCCCAGGCCAGCGCUAAGAACAGAGACGUGUCCACCAUCGACCCGAGCGAGGCGGAGGAGAAGCAGGUGACGGAGGAGACGGUGGCGGGGUGGUGCGUGGAGGAGCAGGCCAUGGAGAUGGACAUCGCCGUGCUGCAGCAGGUGGAGGAGCUGGAGAGGAAGGUCACCUCCGCCAGCCUGCAGGUCAAGGGAUGGAUUUAUCCGGAGCCUCACUCGGAGAGAGAAGACCUAGUCUACCACGAGCACAAGCCCUCCUCCACGCUGUGCCCGGCAGAAGACACAGAGGCCCCGGAUAACCCGGAAGAGAAAGAGGCCGGCAGCAGCAACAUCGGCGGCAUUGUACGACGUGUCAACAACCCCCUAGAUAUAGCUGUAACCAGACUGGCUGAGUUGGAGAGGAACAUAGAGCGAAGGUAUCUGAAGACCCCCUUAGGUACCACCAUUCAGAUCAAACUGGAUAAUGUUGGUACAGUCACUGCUCCUGCACCAUCCAGUAGUGGUGAUGGUGAAGGGGGUGAGGAAGACGUGGCCCCGGGGAUGAAGGUGUGGCGGAAGGCUCUGGCCGAGGUGCGCAGUGCUGCCCAGCUGGCUCUCUGUCUGCAGCAGCUGCAGAAGUCCAUCGCCUGGGAGAGGUCCAUCAUGAAGGUGUACUGCCAGGUUUGUAGAAAAGGAGACAACGAGGAGCUGCUCUUGCUGUGUGACGGUUGUGACAAAGGGUGUCACACGUACUGCCAAAGACCCAAGAUCACCACAAUACCGGAGGGAGACUGGUACUGUCCAGCCUGCAUAUCCAAGGCAAGUAGCCAGUCCCCAAAGAACAAAAAGCUUCCUAACCGGUCUGGAGGAGGGGGAUCAGGAGGAGGGAGUGCAGGAGGAGGAGGAGGAGGUGGAGGUUCAGGAGGAGGAGGAGGAGGGGGAAAGAAGAAUGCGGACAUCAAGCGCAACAGGAAGCUGUCGGCAGCUGGAGAGGUCUCAGAAGAUGAUGCUGCAAGUACGAGCAGUACUCCAAAAAAAGGGGUCAAAGAGACCAAAAAGAAGAAGGGGGAGGAGACCCCCAUGGCCAGCCAGCCAAAACAGGACAGUCCUGCCUGUGUGAAGAAAGCCAAAACUGCCAGAGACCACGCCAAGGAACUGGCUGUGUGCAGUGUACUACUCUCUGAGAUGGAGGCCCAUCAGGAUGCCUGGCCCUUUCUCACCCCCGUUAACCUGAAAUCUGUUCCUGGCUACAAGAAGGUCAUCAAGAAGCCCAUGGAUUUCUCCACUAUCCGCGAGAAGCUCGGCAGCAACCAGUACCAAAAUCUUGAGAUGUUCAUAGUUGAUGUCAGCUUGGUUUUUGAUAACUGUGAAAAGUUUAAUGAAGAUGACUCUGAUAUCGGACGAGCUGGACACGACAUGAGGAAGUUCUUCGAACGAAGACAGACUGAACUUUUGAAGACAAACUAGGCUUGUUUGGACAUUACUUUCCACCAUCUGGGACCAGCUGUCUCCAUUUCAAUUUCCAGAGCUGAAGGUUUGAGUAUUGUACUGAGGACAAGCUCUGAAUAUGAGACUCCACUCCCUCCAUCACAACCCAGGGCUCCUAAAUGUAUUGGUUACUUAAACUUAAUUACAAUGCUGGUUUGGCUAGAACAGGGAACACACACCCACAGAGACAGGGGUGUCUUAGUGCAAUACCAUUUCCUAUAAUAAACCGCACUGAACUUACAACCAUCAGAGCUGUAAUUGGGAAAGAAUUCUUUCCAGUACCUGUAAAUAUAUAUUAAUUUUGUUUUGUUUUUUUUAUUUACUUUAUUGUUAAUAUUAUAGUGAAUGUAUUUAAUUUGUUAAUUAUUUAUGAGUGAAAAAGGUCCAGUCUUCAUUUUCUAUGAAAAGGAAGAAACAGCAAAAACUGCUUUAAAAAUCUAAAGGAAUGUUUUUCAGAUAUAAAACAAAGCCAAGAAAAAAAAAGAUACUGUUUACACUGUCAGUGCCUCCAGGCACCGGAAGAUUCAUUACGGUAACACUGUAAAGCUGCGUUUAUAUAUGAAUUUGUUUUUGCAUCUCUUGCAAAACACAGCGAGGCAGCAUACACAUCUGUAUAUACUGUUCAUUAAUGUUAAUAUUAAGUCUUGUUUGGAAUAUGUAUGAUGUGUACAUAUUGUUUCAGACAUCAAAUAUUGUUCAUGCCUUAGAAUUAUUGUAGCAUUUUCUUUUUAGUCUUAAAAUGAUUAUACAUAUAUUGCUUGUACAGUACGUAUCCUCUGCAAACACUGUGGUCUCCUUAAUCUUGGUAGUGCCUGCCUCUCCAACAGGGUGUAGGGGAUAUUAUUUUGGUUCCCGUUUUCUAUUUUUUUAAAUAUCAUUUUAAUCCUCCCAGGCCUCAAAUUUUGACAUAAUCAUUUCUAUCCAUAUGAAAUAUAUUGUGACGCACAGUAUUUUUUCGUAAAAACAUUUCCCUCCAUCUGCCUUGCCACGGACCCCAGGACACAAGGACAUUUGUAACCUCUGUGUUUGAAUAUUGCUGUGUGUCGUGGCCUACUGGAGGCAGCUAGAGCAGAUUUUUUUGUACCUGAGUCAGAGUACUUGAAGUUAUUUUAUUUAAAGAUAUUGUGGAAGAAGGUAGCAUUCUUUUUGUAGGAGUAUUAUUUUUCACUAGUGUGUGUGGCACGGAUCUAAUAAAAGGAUGUUUUUCAACCCAGUA